CAGACAGGCAGAAAUUAUGCCCCUCCUCCUCUUAGUAUUGAAGUACCUAAAAUGAAAAAUCUUUCAAAAAAGUCAAAACCUUGGAGUGAUGUUCAGCUUCCAAUUGACAUUAUUCUGUUGACAGUGGAGGAUUGCGAGUUCUUGGCGUGCUAUGCAUACUUAAAUAAUACCAUUAAAAGCUACCACAAUAACCUUGGAUAUGUGUACUUUGGUACCAUUGGUGAAAGUGGAGAGGAGGCACUCAAAGUUGCUCUGAUGAGAUGUUAUAAAGGUUCUUCAGGUCCAGGUGGUUCUUUAGUCACUGUCAAGAAUGCAGUUGCUCAGUUGAGACCCAAGGCUGUUAUUACUGUUGGACACUGCAGGGGUUUAAACCCCCAAGACACCAAGCUUGGGGAUGUAAUGGUAUCCUCUAAGCUUGCAACUGAAGAAUUCUCAAUCCCAGUGAGAAAGAAUAUUGGCAACCUUAUCUUGUUUUCAACUGAAGGAUGGGAUCCACCAACAACAGCUGAAGAAGAAGUAAAAGUGCAUUCUGACAGUGAAAUAUUCAGUGGCAUAAAUGACCCAGUCAGUGCCAAAAAACACCGUAUGAAUGCAGCUGAAAAGGAAGGGGAAGGUAUAACAUUGUCUGUUACUUAUUCAUUUUAUCUCAUUAAAUAAUUAUUAAUCUAUAUCCAGGCACAACUGUUUGUUUAACAUAUUUUCGACCGCAUACUGCAGGUCUUCAUUAGUUGAUAGUGUCAAAGACCUGCAAAAUUUACACAGUCAAAAUGUCGUGAUCAAGAUCUAAGUGACAAUGGUGAGAUAAAUAAAACCCUUUAUUUGCUCACAUUAACCAUGAUGUGCAAUAUCUUUUAUGACAUGAACAAUAAUAUUUUGUAGCAUUAUUCUGUUGGUGUCUGGAAAACUCUAAAUCACAUAAUUUUUAUGUGUCUGUUUUUUUGUUGUUUAUUUUAUUUAUACAUGUAGGACUGUUUGCUGCAGCCCAUGAUGUGAAUAUUGAAUGGGUGAUUGUUAAAGGGAUAUCACAUUUUCGUGAUGAUUGCAACACCCCUAAUGAGUCCUGGAAGUCAUUUGCUUCCAUUAUGGCAGCCUCUCUUGUGUCCAACAUGUUAAAUGAUCCAGUUGUUUUUAAGGAGUGGCCUCACUAUGAAGGUAUGUAACCUCCUUUUUUGUUUGUUUAUUAAUAGUGGAUUUUCAGUUCAGAUAUUUUUAUGUAUUUUUAGAAAGAAGGUUGCAGUUUCAGUGAAAAAGGUUAUAAAAUACAUGGACUGCCACAAACUUCUACUGACCUAAUGUGCCAUGAUUUUAUUGAUUGCCAGUCCCCCUAAAUUUCCUAUGUAUGUUAACAGUACCGCCCAGCGGUAUGUGAGACAUUUAAAUUUUUUUUAGAAUAGUCUGUCAAAUUCCCUGAUCCAUUAGUGCCUUAAAUGGCGAGAAAAUAAAAAAAGAUGCACCAUGUUAUUGACUGACAAGAAAAUAAUAAAAAAAUUGUCAUAAUAUGGCCAAGUCUGCUAUAAGAGAACAAAACAGUUCAACUCUUUAAUGUUCUCUUUAUUUUGCAGACUUGUCAGCAAACAAGGCGUCCUCCACCUUACCAGGUAUGACCCUUUUGAAUAAAGUUACUUGGAAUAUUCUAGCAAACUGAAGUAUUUAUUUGUUAAAACUGGUUUCAUAUUAGUGAACUUAUACAACAGGAUGGGAGAGGAGAAAAGAUGGCAAACCUUGCGUGACAAGCAGGACCAAUUUUUGUCAGACCAGAAAACAUAAAGUUAAUUGAAGAUCAUGUCAAAACAUGCGAGUGAUAGCCUUGUCACACCUGUCACACACAAGCAUUUUGCCAUCCUCUUCUUUCAGCCAUCUUAAUUGCACAAAUUAUCUGUACAGUAGUAACAAGACUCUCUUAUACUUUUGUAGAGAAGUAACAAUAUUCAAACCUCACACCUCUCUUCUGGCCCUUAUUUUUUUAGUAACUGAAAUGUCACUACCUUUAAUAAUUACCUUAAACACAAUUAAACCUCUUCCUUAUGUCUCUAAUUCAGCCCUCUCCACCCCUCAAAGGAGUAUGUUACUCUAUAGUAUACUACAUCCAGAAAAUAUCUCCCUCAAGAAAGGGAUUUGGUCUUGGAAGAACCCACCCAUCCCCCCGCCCCCCCCACUCCUUUGCAAAUUCCAAUUAGGAUUUAUACAUGUACCUUUCUUUUUGUUUUAUGGUCCUUGAGACUCCCUCCUUCCCCAGGAAUUUCCAAUCCCUUCUGUGAGGGUAAUAAAGAUAUUUUCUUGAGCUACACAUUUGCAGACCACGCCACUAACAACGAACAUUGCAACAUUGAAGUCCUUGCAUUGUCUUCUCACCCAAAUUUUGCACUUUUCUUGAUAGUUUGGUUGCACUGACAUCUAUUUUACUAGAUAGCUAAGUUUUGCUUGACCUUGAAAAUAACAAAACAUCCUUACUAUAUUAUUUGUACCCUCAUGUCUAUAAGUAUAAGUGGUGAAAAGGCCC